CCUGCUUCAUCUCUUCAAGAAAGUGAACAUAAACUAAAAUACGGAGAGAGAGAGGCAGAGAGAGAAAAAGCUCCCUGAGGAGGGAAAGCCCCAGCAGUCAGUAGCUGUUUGGAUUUGCCUGGUGCUGCCUUUCUUGCUUUGCUCCCAAGGAAUACCUUUAAUGGGAUCAAUUGCUUCAGUUCCUUUAUAACCAAGUCCACCGGAAAGGCAGCCUCAACAUAUUAUGGGCAACUGUGUGAAGUCUCCUCUGAGAAACCUCUCUAAAAAGAUCCGCCAUGACGAGAAGACGAGCUAUAAAGCUGUCCAGACGAGCGAAGAGGGGUCGUCGGCUGGCGAUUACCAGGGUCCGCUCAUGGUGCUGGCCCAGAACUGCGCCGUCAUGCACAACCUGCUGGGGCCAGCAUGCAUCUUCCUGAGGAAGGGCUUCGCAGAAAACAGGCAGCCUGAUAGAGAACUGCGUCCGGAAGAAAUUGAAGAAUUAAGAGAAGCCUUUAAGGAGUUUGAUAAAGACAAGGAUGGGUUUAUUAACUGCAGGGACCUGGGGAACUGCAUGCGGACCAUGGGCUACAUGCCUACUGAGAUGGAGCUAAUAGAGCUCUCCCAGCAGAUCAACAUGAACUUGGGUGGCCAUGUGGAUUUUGAAGAUUUUGUUGAGCUGAUGGGACCAAAACUUCUAGCAGAGACUGCAGACAUGAUUGGUGUAAAAGAACUCCGUGAUGCCUUCAGAGAGUUUGACACCAAUGGUGAUGGGGAGAUCAGCACCAGUGAGCUGCGAGAAGCCAUGAAGAAACUUUUAGGGCAGCAGGUGGGUCACCGGGAUAUUGAAGAGAUCAUCCGGGACGUGGAUCUGAAUGGAGAUGGACGUGUUGAUUUUGAAGAGUUUGUUCGCAUGAUGUCCCGUUGAAGAUUAUUCUCAGCUAAAGAAGAAUCAGCACCUUAGAGAGGGCAGAAGAGGACCUAGAUGGAGCAUCUAGCCCCGAUGUUCCUACAUGAAGGUUUAUCGGCUGGCUGCAAUUAGGACAUUGCAAGAUGACCUGCUGCUCCUCCCUCAUGGUGGUCCCCAUGCCCCUCCACCCUUUCACACUGUGAAAGACUUGCAACUUCCUACAACUGGAACCAUUCCUUGAAGAUGAUUGCAGGAAACUGCAGAGCCAGGACUUGCCAUGAUGCUUUCAUGGGAUAUUUGCAACUUUAGACUCCUCCUCCCCAGCUUUAUUCUCCCACCAGCUGCUGCAAAGCAAAAGCAGGAGAAAUCCUCUUGGCUAGGUGGAUGAGAGCAAAGCCAUUGGGACUGGUGGCGGCCUCAGGGCGUGCUCUGCACUUCUUGGUUUCCCUUGGUGAACCGUGUCUGUGUUUGCUGUCUCAGUGUGUGUCUAUCUGUGUGGAGUUAUUUAUGCUUCCCCAACACUUAUUUGCAUCUCCUGUGGUUAUGUUUACCAAGAGUAAAUUCAAAUAUAUGUCUUGCAGGGGGGAAAGUGAUAAAUAUGCACGUUGAAAUGAUGUGGAGCCUGGAUUGUCCCUGUGAGAGGUGGUGGCUGGGCUGGGGGAGAAGGGCUUGGGCAGAUGCACUCGCCAGUGUCUGCACCAGGAUCCAGAAGCAAGCCCUUGCCUCAGAUAGGGGAGUCAGUGCUGGCUGCUAAGUCUGUGUCAGGAGUCUGCCCUCCCUCCCACUGUCCCCAUGGCUAAGGCACCUGGAGGUGCCUCACAGUGAGAGCAGUGCGAAGGGUCCCCAUCUCUGCAUCCCCUCCACUGGCAUGGGCACAGGUGAGAGCCCUUGAAGUAUUGUGGGAAGGACCAAUGGGAGAAAGGGCCCAGAGGGGAGCAGGGUGGGAAGGGGAUAUGCAGCAAAACCUCACCCCUUUUCAGAUAAUUUUGAACACAACUGUGAAGACAUGUAUGGUGGGGCCAUUCUGUGGGGGCUGAGCUGUAACUCCAUGGUGCUGAGGAUUGUCUGGGAGCCUCCUUGUGUGGCAGUGCCCUGCUCUCCACCCUCUUCGCACUCAGAAAUGGUGCAUGUCACUGCAGCAGUGACAACAGCAGUCUCCAGGCCCUACCAGCUGCUUCCAGACACAUCAGAUCUUAUCCUCCUUUCUCCAAGCUGCUCCCAAACUACCACUCCCUUCCCCUACUCUACCAGACCUACAGUUGUCUCCUUUCUCUAUGCAAAGGCCCAGUCACAAGUUGCCAGGAUUAAUUUCUGCUUGGCUUCAAAGGGCACCAUCAUCACUGUGUGUUUCUUGGUGUGACUGGGAGCUGUUUUCCUCUUGGUUGCCUCCUUACUCAAACUGGGAGGUCAAGGACUAAUAUCCUCCUGCUUCCUCCAUCUCAAAUCUUUUGCUUCCGAGGUUUUCUUUCAGAUUCUUGGGGUCCACAAAUCCAUGUCACAAAGGAAGAUUUUCUCUUCUGCUUUCCUGUGCCAACAAGCAUAGCUGUAGUGAUGGCUGAUGCUCCAGUGAUGGAAAAACAAUGUUUCUCCUUA